AUGGUUAACCCCUUACCUACCGAGGACCGUCACGAAGAGGCUCCCACCGUGACCGGAUCAACUGCACAAGAAUCUCAGCCCGCGCCAAACACCGACGCCGCACCAGCACCAGCACCAGCACAAUCGCAGAACGCAUCUGGAGACGAUGAAGACUCCGACUUUGAUGAGCUAGAUGACGUCCUCGACGACUUCAACAAACCCAAACCCGCUCCUCCCGCAAACCCACCCGCGCUCUCUGCCACCAACUCCGAUCCCCUAACCGGAAUCGCACCUCCAGACUUCGACGAAGAUGCCUUCCUUAAGCAACUCGAACAAGAUAUGGCGAACAUGAUAGGACCCGGCGGGGACGCCAAUGGCAGCCUAGACCCCAAAUUCCAAGCAACAGUCGAUCAAGGCGCCGAAGUAUUGGCAAAACAGCUCGAAGAAAGCGGGAUCCCACCAGGCGAUUUCCUCAAACAGCUUCUCGCUGACGUGAUGGCCGAGGGCGAUUCUGGAGCCGGCGCUUCAGCAGAGAAUCUUGCAGCUGCCGCGGCGGGCAUCUCUGCUCCUAGCACUCAGGGUUCCUCUAGCACGCCCAAUGCAGGCGCCGAACAACCGGUCGACUCAUUCAACGACGCCAUCAAGCGCACAAUGGGCCGGAUGAAAGAAAGUGGUGAUAAAGCUACCGCAGCAAUUAAUGAAGACGACAUCUCGGAGGACAUGUUGGCGCAGCUACUUAAGGCCGUUGAGGCGGGGGCAUCGGGUGCUGGGGAAGAUGGAGAUCUGUCGAAGAUGUUCAUGGGCAUGAUGGAGCAGCUGUCUAACAAGGAGAUGCUGUAUGAGCCGAUGAAGGAACUGGAUGUCAAGUUCGGGCCGUGGAUCGAGAAGAAUAAGGGCAGUGGCAAGGUUUCAGCUGAGGAUAUGCAGCGAUUUGAGACGCAGGCGCGGGUUGUCAAGCAGAUUGUGGCGAAGUUCGAGGAGAAGAAUUUCUCGGAUGACGAUCCUAAGUGUCGGGAGUAUGUGUGGGAGAGAAUGCAGGAGAUGCAAGCGGCUGGAAGCCCGCCUGAGGAACUCGUUUCGAAUCCUCUCAUGGAGGACCUGGAAGGUGCGGUUGGAGCUGGCGGAGUGCCGGAUUGCCCGCAGCAGUGA